AUGGCAAACGUAUCCAGUGACAGUUCGGUUUAUAGGAUGAUCCAGCAGAUUCAAGAUCGUCUCACACGACUUGAGGAGGUGAGCGAACCCGUGGAAUCUGCUAGGGAGCUAAACAAACAAAGUGAGGGGAAGAGAACCAUGCCUAAAAAUCUAAAGAGGCCUCACCAUGAACCCCUCGAUGAUGGCCGAUUCAAGGAUCCAUAUGACCGAGAAUAUCGUCGACCAACUCGUGAUGAGAGGGCUGAUCCAAAGUUCAAACCUUUCGUGUUUACUGGAAAGGAGGAGCCUGAGGUUUAUCUUGAGUGGGAGCGCCAAAUGGAUGCCAAUUUCGAAUGUUAUUCCUUGACGAACCGAAGGAAGAUUCAAUAUGCGGCUGCCCAUCUUGCCGAAGAUGCCAUCACAUGGUGGGAACAAGAAGAAAGCAAUCGACGCCGUGCACAUUAUGAUCCGGUUUCCACUUGGAAGGAGAUGAAAAUCCUCAUGCGAAAAAGGGACCAAGAUCAUUUGGCACGAGAAUGUCCCAACCAACGAGAAAUCAUCAUCGAGGAUAACGGGGAAUCAAAGUCCAUAGUUGAGGAUAUGGUAAAUCUUGAAGAGACGUAUGAGGUUAUGUCCAAGAAGGAAAUAGAGUACGUGAAUGAAGAGAAAGAGGAGCCGUCGAAGAUCCCGACCUCGUGA